GUCUCUCCUCUACUUCCGACUUUUACGUUUGGAAAACAAGUUUGGAUUUUGUAGGACUUGAGCGCCUUUAUACGACAGCUGUGUUAAGGGUUUCCCCUUGAACUUAACGCUAAAUGCAGGGGACGGUAAGCGGAGGCACGAAAAGCAGCACUUUAUAUAUUCCUAGCACGGGUUUUGCCUUCGACGGAGUUCAUGAUGAACAAAUUGCGUCGGAAUGAGAACACCGAAAGAGAAGAGUUGAGAUUGAAAAAAGAUAAAACAAAACUUCCGAUCUUUUCAAUGUGCGAUAACGAGGAAACUGUCCUAGCAGGCCCGGAAAUUACAGAGCAAAAAUUUGAGGAUGUCUUGUCUAACUGGGUAACUGAAAUAAACGGAAUUCAGAAGCACAGUGGACAGGCCCCUCUGUUUACUGAGAACAUGCUUUCACCAAUAAAGGAUGAGCAGCUGUCAGGUCAGCCCUUGCCUAAGAGCCUGAAGCCAUUGAAAGCAAGGACAACUUCACCUGAAGGCCAGCUUUUCUACAGACCAGAGAGAUCACAUAGAUACCUCCAGGCCACAGUGUUUGAAUCAGAUGCUCAUGGGCGGACUGAGAGACCACAGAGUGCUCUUCCAGCCCUCCAUCUGGGAAGGCCCACUAGGUCCAGCCUUUUAAGGACAAGAUACCUUUCUCCAUCAGUAUCCAAAGAUUUCCAUCAAAAAGACAAAACAACCCCAUCUCCAAAGAAGUGCUCUUCCAGUAGACUACCUCUGAAUCUGAAGGAGCUGCAGCGUGCGUGCACCUCUGUGGGAGAGGAUGUCCAUUCUUUUCUGAUUGGAGCGCGGUAUAAUAGAGAAAGAUACAUGGACUCUGUUGCUGUUGAAAAGUAUGGUGUAUACCUCUCUCGGAGUUAUCCAAACUGUGCUUUUCUAACCCAAAGUGAAACGCCCAAAAAACAUGACAAAGCACAUGCCCUGAGGAGCCACAGAGCAAAGAUGUGUCAGGGCAACAGAGAAGAAGGCAGGGGCAUUACUGCCGAGCACACAAACAGCCACCAGGGGGCAGUCAAGAGUGCCUGGGGUACUGUGCCAGCAAAAGCCAUCAAACACACAAAAAGGAAAGAGCAACAGAAUGACACAAUGAGAACAGCAAAAGAGCAACAUAACACUGGCCAAGUGAAGGGGAGAUCCGAUGAUCUCAAAGGACAUUGCAGAGAUGGUAUUACACCACUUUCUGCUCAGAAAUGGAAAGAUACAAUGUUCAGUCACAAGGCUGCGGACAGGAGUGACGGAGAAAUCAAAUCCACAUCCCCUCCCCAAAGCCAGAAUAGUAACUCUUCGGGUUUGCUGGUCAAAGCCAUCAAGCCUUCAAAAUCGCAUUUGAGGAGUUCAGUGGCAGAAAGCCAAGGAGCAGUCUGUAAGAUUUAAAUUGCAGCAUCAUUCAACAGCAAAUAAACUACAUGCAGCAUCAGGAAGGACAAGGGGCAGAUAUCACUAAAGUAUGUUUUAUUAAAUGCUAAUCUGUUAAAACAAGCAUCUCAGUCCAAGCAGAUAUCUGCUUCGUUUCUUUUCAUCUUUGCUUUCCAUUUCAUACUGUAAGUCUCCCUGUUUUUUAUGUAUCUGCUUAUAGGGAAGAUAGGCCAAUCAUUAAAAAAGCAGUGCUUCUU